AUAGGACGUGUGUAUGAAGUGGACGUGACGUACCCACAACACCUACACAACGAGCAUAACGACCUGCCUUUCUUACCCCAAAACAGUAUGCCAAGUGGUUCGAAGGUACGGAAGUUGAUGGCAACGUUCGAAAAAAAAGAUAAUUAUAUUAUACACUAUCGAAACCUGCAGCAGGUGAUUGAAAAUGGACUUAUAGUUGAAAAGGUACAUAGAGUAAUACAAUUCAACCAGUCUGACUGGCUGGCUAAAUAUAUUGAGUUGAACACCGAGAUGAGGAAGAAGGCAAAGAAUUAUUUUGAGAAAGACUUUUUUAAAUUAAUGAAUAACGCUGUAUUUGGUAAAACAAUGCAAUCGAAGAGGAAGGAGAUGAAGAUGGAGUUGGUGUCAUGUGAAAGGAGAUUGCAAAAACUUAUAAACAAGUGUACGUUCAAACACUGUACAAAUUACAAUGAGAACCUUAAUGCUGUCGCCCUGGAGAAUAAGAUUAUUAGAUUUGACAAACCUAUUUAUAUUGGAUUUGCAGUACUAGACAUAAGUAAGACGCUGAUGUACGACUAUCAUUAUAAUGUAAUGAAGAAAUUCUACAGAGACAAAAUUAAAUUAAUGUACACUGAUACAGAUUCACUAGUAUAUCAUAUUGAUACUGAAAAUUUUUAUGUGGACUUGGCGGUUAAUCGUAACUUGUUGGACCGGAUGGACACCGCCAACCUGCCCAAUGACCAUCCGUGCUAUGUGGCAGAAAGAAAGAAGUCUCCGGGGUACUUUUCUGAUGAGGUGGAUGGGAAUGUGAUUACCGAGUUCUGUGCGUUGAGGGCAAAGUCCUACGCUUUUAAUGUGUAUGCUGGAGCAGAGGACAGAGUUGGUGGUGAAAAGAUCAAGGCGAAGGGUAUCAGAGCUCAUGUUGUUAAGAACCACAUGACGAUGGAAGACCAUAGGAAGUGUUUGUUUGGUGAAGCUGGAGUGGAGGCAUACAAGGAGAAUGUAUCAAUACGGUCAUUCAACCACCAGCUAGUAACGAUAAAGACCAGGAAGUUGACUUAUAAUAGUUACGAUGAUGACAAGAGGGUGGUGUUGGAAGACAAAAUAAACACACUAGCCCAUGGACAUUACAGUAUAGAGUAA